AUGGCAACGAAUAAACAACCCAGAGGAGGAGGAGAAGACGAGGAAGAUGAAGGUGAAGGUGCAGACGGAGGCGUCAGAGGAAGACCUAAACUCCGCCCACCCCCUGGCAUCCCAGAGGUGGUGGAGGACUUCCUGCGGAACUUCCUGCGCCGUUGCGGUCUGAUCCGGACUCUGAGGUGCUUCGAGGCCGAGUGGUAUGGGUCGGCGCCGGUGGGCGGAGUCACGGGCGCCGUCUUGGUCCCGGAUGCUCUGACCCAGAAUCAGCUGCUGCAGAGUGAGCUGGAGGCGGUCCGAAAGGAGGCGGGGCAUCUGCAACGGGGCCUGAUGGAGGCGGGACACAGUGUGGACCGGAUGAAGAGGGAGGCGGAGUUCCACCACCUGCGGCACCGACAGGCCGCCGCCCACAAGACACAGCUGAACUCCGACCUCAAACAGCUGAGGGAGCACCGCGACGCCUACGGCCCGGCGCUGAGGCUUCUGGGAGAAAAGUACGAGGCGGCACUCAGGCAGAAGGCGCUGGUCAGUCUGGAGGCGGAGCUGAGGCAGAAGGAGGCGGAGCUGAGGCAGAAGGAAACGCAGCGCAGCGAGACGCAGGGCCGCCAAAAAACAGCGUCCGACGCUGGCGCAGGUUCGGUCCCAAAGGCCUCCAGACGCCACAAGGACCAGGACUUCCCCGUCUACGCCCACCGGCCCGGGCCUCACCUGGCUCAGGUGGGCACUGACAGAAGCCCCGCCUCCUUCCGUCUGUCCUGCUCCAUCAGAGCCCAUCAGCUGCCUGUCAGCUGCGUCAGGCUCCACCCACUCAAACCCCUCCUCGCCUCUGCCAGCGACGACCGCACCUGGAGACUGUGGGCAGUGCCGAGCGCCACACAGGGGGCUCAGGCGCUGCUGACCGCUGAGGGACACUCUGAUUGGCUGUCCAGCUGCACCUUCCAUCCUGAUGGAACCAAACUGGCGACGACCAGCGGAGACUGUACGGUGCGUUUGUGGGACGUCCCUCGGUCCCGGUGCGUCCUGGUUCUGCCGGGUCACCUCGGACCCACCUGGAGCUGCUGCUUCCACUCCUGCGGUCACUUCCUGGCGUCCUGUUCGUCCGACAGAACCGUGAAGCUGUGGGACCUGAGCGGCCGCCGCUGUCGCCUCACGCUGCGCCGCCACGCCGCCGCCGUCGCCAGCGUCCACUUCCUGCCUCGGUCCAACCUGCUGCUCACCUGCUCGGCCGACAGAACCGUUGCAUUGUGGGAUGCCAGGCUGGGGGUGUGCGCCGCCGCCUUUGUGGGACACCAGAGGCCAUGCACCCACGCCGCCUUCCACCCGGCGGGCGACAUCAUCGCGUCAUGCGACUCUGGAGGCGCGGUCAGCCUGUGGGACGUCAGGAAGCCGGCGUCGGUCCGGGUAACCACGGAGACCGGCACCAGUGCCAACCAGCUGGCCUUCAGUCCCACGGGGAGGACGCUGGCGGUCGCCGGGGGAGACGGACAGGUCCGCCUACUGGAGGCGGAGUCAUGCGCCACCAUCAGCCAAUCAGAGCAUGGAGACAGUGUGCAAAGCGUGACCUUUGACCCCGAGGGGGAGACGCUGAUGUCAGCAGGACGAGACGGGAUCGUUAAGGUUUGGAGAAGCGAGCGACAGGAAGGAGCGAACGCAUGAGAAAUGAACUGAACACCAACGUCAGUCUGUGAUCUGAGUAAAUGUUACGUUUGGAUUUAAGAACGUGGAGCAGAUUUUGGAUAUUUAAAAAAAUAAUACGUAAGGCAAUUUUUGAAGGAUAUAAUUAUUAAGACCUAAUAAGUAAUAAGUCAAUAAUUUAUUUUUAACUCUACAUUAAAUGACCACUAAUUUGUCUGGUUCUGUUUUCUAUUUUUCUGGUUUAGUUUCACUUAUUUAUGUUUGUGCUCA